AUGGAUACUCCUACCAAGGUGGACAAUGACCAGCCCGAUUUUGUCUCGCUGAAGGACAAGAUCGCAAGGGAAACUCUCAAGGCUAUCACCGUCUCCCCUUUCAAGCUGACGAAAAUGACUUCCGUGCAAGCUGCUGUGCUCCCGUUAUUGCCUGACUUGGUUAGACCCUAUAAUCCUGAGGAGGCUGAAGGCAAGAGGAAACCGCGCGAUCUUUUAGUAAAGGCGAGGACGGGCACAGGUAAAACAAUAGCUUUCCUUGUUCCCGCCAUCGAGCGACGCGUCAGGCAGCUUCAGAGCGUUGGCAAGCAAGCAGUGAGAGAUGCUGGUCUUGAAAGCGACAAACAUCUCGAGGCACGUGCGAUACGCGCUUUCUCUCGUAAGAACGUUGGUACUUUGAUCAUCAGCCCUACUCGUGAACUGGCGACUCAAAUCGCCAACGAAGCUCUUCGUCUCACUACUCACCACAACGAUAUGGAAGUUCGACUCUUUGUUGGCGGGGCCUCGAAACGCGCGCAGAUGCAGGAGUGGAUGCGAGGGCGGCGCGAUAUUGUCGUCUCAACUCCAGGCCGUAUACUCGACUUCAUUCAAAGCGAGCCAGAAGUCGCCAAUGGAUUGGCAGGGACGAGCAUCCUCAUUUUGGAUGAGGCCGAUACACUCUUGGACAUGGGUUUCCGCGACGAUAUUGACGCAAUUGUCAAGGCGCUGCCUCCUCAACCUGAGCGACAAACCUUCCUGUUCUCUGCUACCCUCGACACCCGGGUUUCACAGGUCGCACGAACUGCCAUGGGUAAAGACUUCACGCUCAUCGAUUGCGUCGAAAGUGAUGCACCGCCCACGCACGCCCACAUUCCUCAAUACCACACCGUGCUUCCGAGUGCUGCGCACCAGAUUCCGUUCCUCCUCCGCCUUCUAGCGCAUGAUCAGCUCAUCAACGCGGGCAAGUCGAAGUGCAUUGUGUUCUUCCCUACGACCAAGAUGACGCAGCUAUUCUCGACGCUCGUCCGCAAGUUGUCGACUGUCCUCCCCGCUGGGGAGAAUACUACGGUGUAUGAAAUGCAUUCGCAACGCGACCAACGGGUCCGAGAGAGGACUUCGAGUUCGUUCCGGGCCGAUUGCAAGGGUGCAUCGAUCCUCGUAACCUCUGAUGUGUCUGCUCGUGGAGUCGACUACCCUGGAGUCACGCGUGUGAUCCAGAUUGGUGUUCCUUCCAACGCUCAUCAGUACAUCCAUCGUGUCGGUCGUACCGGACGUGGCGACGAAAUGACUGGUCGUGCUGACUUGGUUCUCUUGCCGUGGGAAGUGGGCUAUGUCACUUGGCAGCUGACGGACGUCCCGCUCAAGCCUCUGACGACCAGCGAGCUCGAAAAGCAGGUCACUACUCUUGCUAAGCAGUAUGACGAGGACCCCUUUGCGUUCUAUGAGACUGUCAAUGCAGACUCCGAGAAAGCUUCUCGUUUGCGCUUCCCGAAGGAAUACUCUGCUGUCCUUGGAAAUAUGACGACCGAGAUAAAGAAUCUCUUGAUCAAGCUUGACGAAGAGGCGGUCAGGGAAACCAUGGCAUCUAUGUUGGGUUACUACGCCUCGCGAUCGGGCGACCUGCGUGUUCAGCGCAAUGUCAUCCUGGAGGGCCUAAAGGACUGGACAGUAGAGGCGUGCGGUUUGCCUGUGCCUCCGCACGUGUCUGAUGCAUUCCUCACUAAAGUGGGCAUGCACGACGGGCGUACCAAGCGCUUCGGCAAGCCGCGUGAGGAGUACAUUCCAAGGGGCGGGAUGAGGAGUUCUCCUUGGGAGGGCCGAGGCAGCGUCAAGGCCAAGCGUGAAAGGACGAACAGGGAAUACGAGCCAGACUCCAACUCCUCAAAUGAGCGGGCAAUGCCGCCUUGGGAGAGGCGACAAGCUGAGUACCCUCGAGACAAGCAGCAGCGGUUUAGCCGUUCAGACGACAACGGUUUCGGCGACCGAAAGCGUUCGUUCGGCUCGCGUGGACGCUCCGGCGAACCCUAUCGUGGAUAUGAUAGCAGAGAUUAG